UCCUGUAGAUCUCGAAUCAUGGCUGAUGCAUUAAAGAAUGUCAUUGUUCAGAGUCUGGAGUGUCCUGUAUGUCUGAAUACCUUCACCAAUCCCAAGACCCUGUCUUGUUCUCACACCUACUGCAAGGCCUGUCUGGACAACCUCUUGGAAUGCCAUGGUAACGACCAGAUGCUCCGAUGCCCAGUCUGCAGAGCUGAAACCCAGGUCCCAAGCCAAAAUGUCAGCAAAUUACCGGAAAACCUGGCUUUGAAGUCUCUUAUAGAGGACGUGAAGAAUCAACAUCAGUUUUGCACGAAUUGUAAAUCCGAGGACAAACCCCAAGCUGUUGUCUACUGUCAAGACUGUGGCAUGUAUCUUUGUAUCACUUGUCACAACACACACUCUCUGUGGCAAAACUUCAUUAGUCAUGAGGUCCUAGCCUUGAGUGAGAUCAAAUCAGGGAAGGUGUCAGUACGUAGGUAUCGUAAAUGCAGGAAACACCCCAAAGAGGAUGAGGAGUACUUCUGUAUCGACUGCAGAAGAUUUUCCUGCUUCUGGUGUGUUGUCAUGGAGCAUAAAGACGAUGGACAUCGGGUCAUCGAGGCAGCUGUUUAUGAAAGCAGCCAUCUGAAGAGUACCGAGGACCUCAAAUCCAAGGCGGACAAGAAACGUUCUUGCUUUCAGAAAUAUGUUGAUUUCAUUGAUGAAGAGAAGGAGCGUGUGAGCAAUGUUCAGAAACAGUGUACAGAUGAUAUCAACGAGGCAUUUGAGAAAUCAGUCCAGCAGUUGACAGAAAAUAAAGACAUCCUCAUUGGUGAAGUCAAGGGUAGGACCGAAGGAGUAGAGAAAGAACUGGACGAAAUUAAGAAAUCGGCUCAGGAGCAUAUCACUCACUUGACCACCAUAGCUGACAUGGUAACCAAAAGGACAAAGAUACCGUUAAAUAUGGAUGCUUUGGCUGCACACGACACUCUAUGUCAAGACUUACAAGAGGCCUUAAAACAUGAGGAUCCUGACUACAAGCAGCCGAUACAAUCGAGCAAGAAAGGAAAAAGUGUCACUUUUACGAGAAUCGUUGGAAUGGACGAGCUAACUCUCGGUAAGAUCGUAAAUGCAGUUGCAAAGAACAUCGCUUUGCCUACUAAGAAUAACAUGAAUGCUAUGAUUGGUACACCAGACGGUAGGAUGGCAGUGGUGUGUUGUAAAAGAGGCGUGGAGAUCUUCUCUGCUGAUGGCCAGAUCCAGCAGAAAGUUUUCAAACAUUUGGAGAUUCAUGGAGUAGGGUUCCUCUCUGAUUAUCGGUAUGUUAUACUUGAUGGCUCAAACAUUAUCACACUUUACACACUAGAGUACACAAAGUUGAAUUUAAUGUUUGAGACUCUGAGUUACGAUGAAGGUGGAUGGGCUGGUCUCACUGUAGAUGGUGAUGAUCAGAUCUGUGUUAGCUACAGGAAAGCACAGAAGAUCCAGGUAUUCUCACCAGCCGGGGGAAAGGCGUUCAGGGAGAUACCAUGUGAUGGGUAUAAAUUUGUGCAAAUUACUAGUUAUAAUGAUUACCUGAUCAUCAAAUCCUCGAUAACAAUACGAUUAAUUGUCAAACAAGGUGUUGUAAAAUAUAAAUUAUCGAAAUUAGGGGGUUCACUUUACGCUGCUGUGUCCCAAGGGAAUACAAUCCUGAUAGCCACAUUGAAGCAUGAUGAAGGUCUGGUCAGCAUUGGUGAGUACACUAACGAGCUGAAGCUGGUCCAGAACAUUAUCAUUGAUUACAAGAUUGAGAAGCCCAAGAGAAAUUGGUACUAUCUCCAACAGUACCGAUCAGGAGAGAUCGCUUUCUGCACUCCUGAUAGACUCUAUAUAUUCCACUGAAAAUAAUGAAUGACUCCCCUUUUCUCGCACUGUAUCACACCACUGUCUUCAGGCACGUAUGAAGACAGGGGUGGGGGUGCGAUGUGUGCGACUAGACCUCCUUUUUCUGGUCAAAUCAGACACGCUGAAAAAAAUAGAAUGACAUAAUUUUUCGUUGAAAAUGGACC